AUGAUCAAGACACGCUCCAUGUCCUCGGCUGCCAGCUCCUCCAAACCUCCAACGAUCGCCUUCGGUGGCCACGUCCCGCCCAAGCAGCCAGCGAAACCAAAACCUCGGGCGAAUCGACACACCAAGCCGGCCAGAGUCACUCGGCCGGCCAACGAGCAAACUCAGACGAAUCAGAAACAGCAACUAACAGCCUCAGAUCGAAGACCAGCCACCCGCCAGAAAACUAGCCACAAACCAAAACCGGAAACCCAGUCAUCCAGCAAUCCAUCUGCCGCGCCGAUCGAAUCCACACCCGAGAGCGAUCGAGCCAACAAGACAGCCAAUCAACCUCUCGAAAACCAACCGAAUCCUGAUCUACCCCCUCAAACUACUUCCGCCACCCUUCAAGCUUCACCCAAGCCUACAGUGGUCAUCCCUCGCCUAUCUCCUCUAUCUGCCUCCACGAGCUCUCAAACCGCCCCAACACCUGCAGUGACCAUCCCCAGUCCACCCUCUCAAGCCACCCUCAACACUUCUCAAGCCGCCCCAGAACCUAUCGUCAUCAUUCCUACUCAUCCUGGCAUCUCAAGCUCAAAGGCUAAUACAAAGCUGCCUGUUUCCGCCACGGAACCUCUCUCUUGUGAUCCCCCGAAAGCAUCAUGUUCCAGCACAUCAACCUUACCGCCAACUAAUCCACCCUCUCAUUCCCAUCUACCACGCCGGAUACCCCCGCCGAAAGUGAACAACACUGAUCGUCCCAGGAAACGGUUAUUCGAAGAUGUCGACAACAGUUCCAACGAUAUCUUCUCAUUUCUUGACCACAAUCCGCGUUCCAAGAAGCUCAUCAAACCCGCCACCCGACCGGUCUUCAAACCCUCCCAGCCCUCAUUCCUCAAGAGCACACGGAUCACUUCAGAGUCCGAAGUAGCCAAGAACAAACAUCGGGCUUUGGCCUCAAAUAAGCUACUUGCCGGUGCUCAACCUCAAGCAAAAAAACUCAAGAAAGCUCACCCCGGGUCAUCCUUAACCACACGCGAAUCCCAGCUUCCCGGAACCUCGGCGCAUAUCGGAAAGCCUACUGCUGAGCCUGAAAAGUCUAAGCCCCAACCAUCUUCAACGCAUCAUCACGAAUCUCAGCUUAUCAGUGAUCCAUCAGCGAUGACAGUAACCAUACCAAGCAAAGAAGCAGUUCUUCCCACUCAAGCACUCACUACGACCACAUCUACACUCGACCAGCCCGUCCCUACGCUUAAUGACGAACAUGAACCCACCCCUCAGGAAUCCUCCCCACUUCUUCCUGUAGAGCCCACCCCUCCGGCUCCUUCUCAUUUACUCACGCUUGUUAAACACCCAUCCGACGUUAACUUAACCGAACCUCUUCCACCCACACUUUCUCCUUCAAUUCAUCAGCCAUCCUCUCUCGAUCCAUCAACCAGUCAGACUGAAGAGAUCAGUGCCGAUGCGAUCGACUUUCUCAGUCCCAAGAAACCCGACAAGCAAUCCUCUCAGCCCGAUCCCGAUUCGCAUCAAGGGGAUCGUGAAGCUGCCCAAACUGACACGUCUUCAGAUCUUACACAGUUCUCUUCGAAAGACGCAUCUCUGCCGCUAGCGGCUGUCUGCGAUAGCAAAGAAAGCAACGAUAAAUAUGAAGAUUCUGAUUCUCAAUCACCAAAAGUCUGUUCCCACGCGCCUCCUCUCGACCAGUCUUCAAUCCCCCAGACCGAAACCUCUCGGCUUCUCGGCUCGCCGGACAUUCCUCCUGCCUUACCGGCUCAACCUAGCACAACGUCGGAUGUCGAACCUCUACUUCCGCAACCCUCAAGCGACUCGAUGGAACCGCCAGUGCAUGCUCAUGAACUAUUACUGAAAGCCGUGUCUAAGAAUGUGACAUCGUCAUCUAUUCGUGCUGCAACCCCAGAACCAAUGGUUGAAACAGAAUCUACGACCCCUAAGCCAUCUCCCAAGUUCAUACCAACACGGACCAGUCCGAUCAAGCACCCCACCCUACCUACUUCGAUACCUAUCAUGUGCCCCCAGCCAUCAGCUCUACCACAAACUAUCACCCAUCAACUUUCUACGAGCGGGUUAUUGAUUGAACAGGCUGCCAAACGACCAUCGAUGCUACCAAGAAAGGCGUUGAAGCCCAGUAUGGGUACGAGUCAGCCAUUGACCUUCAACGUCAUCCCCAGCCUGGAUGCCAUCAUUGAAAACUCGCCAGAAAAGAAGCCAGUGCGGGAUGCGCUCAGCGCCUCGUCCCUCAAUCGUCCAAGAGGUUUCGGUGGACCAUCGAGGAUGUUCUUAGGUGGUGGGAUGAAAGCUAAGGCCGAUGGAAUCUUCUCACGAGCCCCGGUAGGUCUGGACGCAUGCUCUACGGGGGCCAGCGGGAUGCAUUCGCGUGGAAUGCACCGAGAACUUUCGAAGGCUGCUGGACAUCAGAGUCAUGCGGAACGAACCGAAGAACUGGAACCUGAGAGUCAAAACAUAAACGAAAAUGCACCUGAGGACGACGAUGGGUCGGUUGAUACCUCGACUACUAGCAUCGCUACCCAUCAGUCAUACACGACAGACUCGUCCAUGACCAGUUCUGGUGAACCUAGCCAGCCCCAGUUCUCGGGUAACAUUUCGCUAGACACACAAGAUCGACUCCUAAAGCUGCAGAACAUGUUGACCAGGAUGGGUCGAUCAGAGACCGCGCCAGGAGGGAGUAGGAGCUCGUCGGACCAAGUGGACAAUCGGUCGCGAUACAAGGACUACGAAGUCCCGUUAAAAGACGAGCCGGAGGAGAUCCACGCCGGUCGUCCCAGCACCACUGGGGUCAGCUCACGGAGCAGACGUCGGUCCUCCUCCGUCCCUCUCAAUUACGCCGAAGACAACCUCUCGAGAUCUGUCUCUCGAGCCCACAACCCGCCCGUCCGAGGCCAGCCCAAAGCCGGCCCUCCAGCACAACGCCGAGCCAGCAAUAUCCUUCCCAGCGUCAGACCGGACAUCAGCUCUCCGGGUCAGGGAACCAACGGAUCUUCGGCAGCCGCCUCGUCGUCGAAAGACCGCUUGUCCGCGUCCGUCUCCGCCGGCUCCAAUCCUUCCUUCGCCUCCGCCGCGAGAAAUGACAGACUCAGGAGACAGCUCGCUCCCACUCCUCUCAAAGAUGUCGUCGCUUUCGUCGACGUUCGCACUGCUGAAGGCGACGAUGCUGGAAAAGUGUUCGUGGAAAUGCUCAAAGGAUUAGGUGCUAAAGUGUUAGGACGACCGACGUUUCCGUUAACGCACAUAAUAUUCAAAGCUGGCAAGCCGACGACGCUGGAGAAGUACAUGCACCAUCCGCGGCCGAAGCCGGCGUUAGUGGGCAUCGGCUGGGUAGUGCGUUGUCGGGAGAUAGUCGGUCGAGCGGAGGAGCGUCCAUACACGAUUGAUAUGGCCUCCGCCCAGGCGAUGCCCUUCUUCAACCCCGACCACCCCUCCCAUCCCGCCCUUCAAUGCACCGGCCCAAUGAACAUCUCCGGCCAUAUCCCGCCCACUGGAAACGCCAACCAUCGCAGGAAAAGCAUGGAGCCUAAGGCCCUCUCGUUGCUCAACUCUGGCCUCCAACUCAACCACUCUUCCUCCGCCGCUUCUUCUUCAACUACUACAACAACAACUUCUACUACUACUGCCAAUCCCGACCCUUCGGCUGCGCGCAACGCCCUUAGUCGGUCUUGUAUCAGUAAACCGGUCACUGCGACUAGUAGCAGUAACACUGGUGCCAAUGCGACAGUCGCCGGGCAGCCAGAUGAACGCAACCAUGUCCUGGCACAGUCGAUUGAGAAGGCCCGCAGGAAAUCGCUCCAGUUCUUGCCCAAAGUCGGCAGCCCGUUAGCCAGCAAAGUCUUUCUCCCGGGUGACGACGGCCACGAACAACACCCGACCCCAGCGGAGGCCCCAACCGGCACAGACCCGGCGCCGUCCUCGCCCUCGCCCAAGGCCGUCCCUCUCUGA